UCAUAUUUGUAGUAAUGCGCGAAAAACAGACACAUGAAUGAAUCACUUCCAGUGUGUCAAAUUUUAACACCUUUAUAUUUUUAAUGUCCGUAUCUCUGUUAAUAUAACACUUUUUUUGGUGUUAAGAUUUAAGUCACUAUGGAUACAGUUAACUCGGGCGUGUGACUCAAAACCUGUAAAACUCGGAGCAACGUAAGCAGAAACUCUUCAUCUUUUGAAGUUUAAAUUCUUCAUAUUGAAGAGUACUUUAGCAGAAAGUUUCAGUAUUACAUUUCGAAAUGCCGGAUUGCACCCCUGUAAGUUCUCACACCCAGGACACCGCUCUUAUCACCAAGGAUAACGUGUACGAUCUCUUGCCGAGCACUUACUCGCUUACACCCGGAACACAAGUUACCGUAUCUUGCGUGGCCGGAUUACGGCUUGUAGGCCCGUCCACUUUCUCCUGCAACAAUAAUGGUCAAUGGAGCUACUCCUCGAAACCAUAUUGCACAGAUGAACCAGAAAAGCAAGAGACAAGUGAUGACGCUUUGGAUGAGACUUCAAAAAUUAUUAUCGGAGUGGUUUGUGGGAUAGCUGCCCUGAUUGUUAUAGCGCUGGUUACCAUGAUAGUUGUUAUAAUGCUCCGAGACCGGCGCAGGCGCAGAGAACGAGAACAUCUUGUACAGAUGUGGGAAAAAGACAGACGACAUGAAGAGGACAGAAGAGGAGUAGACGGUCCUUCUACAAUAGAUGUAGAAAUGUACACACGCUAUCCACACCCGAUGCAACCUCCCCCGUAUGACUACGGAUAUAAAUCCGCACACGACAGGGAUUUAGACCUUGGCUCCCGCCCAAGCAAUCCUAUGUAUUCCCCAACACCGGACUAUGACCGUCCCCGUGACAACAGAAGAAAAGGCCGCAAAAGCAGAAGCUUUGACGAUUUAUCCGAGACCGGCAAGAAACCGUACCCACGUGACAGGGAUGUAGACCGUGGAUCCCGGCUCAGCAAUCCUAUGUAUUUACCAACGCAUGAGAGGCCGGACUAUGACCGUUACUAUGACAACAGAAAAAAGGGCCGCAACAGUAGAAGCAAUGACGAUUUAACUGACAGAAAACCUUAUGUACGUGAAUGGGUUUCGCGAAAUUCCAUGGUAGGUUCGGAUGAAUAUUUGAGUAAUAGGCCUGGAGUGCAUGGGAGUCGUCACGGAAGGGACCCGUAUUUGUGGAGAAAUGCAAACUACUGAGACCAUACAUCAAGACAUCAUACAGAUUUUCCGGGAGAUCCCGCCGAAUUUUAUCCUACGCACACAGAGCUAGUUUUGAUAUUUUUACAUUUGAACUUACGAUAAAAAUGGAUAAAAUUACUAAAUUAGUCAAUUGUUGAAACACUAGCUAUUUGCAGACACAGAGCUAGUUUUAAUAGAUAUUUUUACAUUCGAACUUAUGAUAAAAAUGGAUAAAAUUAGUCAACUGUUGAGACACUAGCUAUUUGCAGACACAGAGCUAGUUUUGAUAGAUAUUUUUACAUUCGAACUUAUGAUAAAAAUGGAUAAAAUUAGUCAACUGUUGAGACACUAGCUAUUUGCAGACAUAGUCUGAACUUUUAUACGUAAUAGAAAAAUGAACACGUGUAUUAAAAUUGUUACAUAUUAUGUGACAUACUGAUAAAAUAUACAUAAUGCAGUUGUCUUUGACAUUUUAAAACGCGUAUACAAUUGUUAUAAAUAUUUGAGAAAAUCCGACAAAAUAUGCAAAUGUUACAAGCGCCAUACGGGCAGAAUGGAAACAUUAUGUGAUAUUCUGGAAUGUUUAACAAUACAGGAAAAUUGAAAAUAUGUUUGUUUUAUGUAUGAAAAUUUUUACAUAUGAGCCGCGCCAUGAGAAAAUCAACAUAGCGCCUUUGCGACCAGCAUGGAUCCAGACCAGUCUGCGCAUCCGCGCAGUCUGGUCAGGAUCCAUGCUGUUCGCUAACAGUUUCUCUAAUUCCAAUAGGCUUUGAAAGCGAACAGCAUGGAUCCUGACCAGAUUGCGCGGAUGCGCAGGCUGGUCUGGAUCCAUGCUGGUCGCAAACCCACUAUGUUGGUUUUCUCAUGGCACGGCUCAUAUCAUUAAACAAAGCGGUAUAAAUUUUAUAUCGGACUCGAGUGUAAAGAAGUUUAAAUGUUCGUCACAGUGUUUUUAUGUUGAUUUUACAGCAAUAUUUUAAUUUUUAUUCGGGGCUAAAGAACAAUAAGAUAUUUAUAUGUGUAAAUACAUUUGCAAUAAAUUGCACGGAGAAGCAUACUCUUGUUCUUUAAUAAUUUACUCUUGCAUAUAUCUCGAUACAAAACUAAUUACCUUUAAUUAUUAAAGUCUCUGGAAAGAGCUGGCUGAUACAAUACUAUUUAUGUUAUUAUUUUUAGAUUUGUGCAUUUGAUAUCAUCUUUCUGACCUGCGUUACGUUUUUUUCUGUAUAUUUCUGAAGUAACGACAGCAAGAGCUCACAUUACGUAUGCAAUUUUACUAAACAGAACAUAAACGUUAGAUGAACCAUCCACCAGUUCUUUCAACAUUACAUACCGCAUUUCAAUAUUUUUAGAGUUACGCUAUCUAGUCUAUUAAACAUUUUGUUACAUUUUUUUGCCUUCGUGGGAGUGAAAUAAAGCCUGAAUUUUAGUAUUAAACCAGUUUAGUAUGAUCUUGACGUUGAAGUCGUUUAAAGUAAAGAAAACGUUUCUCUAAAACACAUUAGGUAAAAAAGUAGUAAUUUCGAUGUUUUAGCAGGAAAAGCCAAUAUGUGAUAUUAAAAUGUAAAAUACUCAUUCGAUAACUUCAAAAUGUAAGCUCAUUAUUUAUUAUAUAUAUUCACUGGACAGGUUAUCGGUAGCUACAUACCAUUAGAGAUCUAUCGUGAUGUUCAUCAGUUUUCAUUAAUAUUUAUAAACCUGCUAUGUACAAAAUUUCGAGAAAUCGGUCAUUAUCUACAAACAGAAAUUUCUGAGAAGUAGCUGAUUUUUGUGUGUAUGAAAUUUAUUUUGUAACGUUUUUAUAUAAAUAAACAGUAUAUUAUGAUAUUUGUUGAAAUUUUAUUUUGAAAAUAAAUUUUAGUUUAAACUGGGUACCUAAAUGGCAGAGUGUUCCAAAUACAGCGUUAAAACAUUGUUUACAAGAUGGCUGCGAGUAGAACUGUAUUUGACGAUAAGAAGUAAGCAGAAUAGUUCUGCGUGUUGCUCGCAAGAGCGCAAGCAAGAGAAUGAAGUAUCUGUAUCUCUAAGGCUGUACGAAAAAUGUUUCUAUCAACAUCGUUUCUGUUUGGUCAGUACAAAAGUAGGUGUGUUUUCAAUGAACCAUUCUGACUGGUCGACACUGUUUUGGGUGAGUGAGUUGGGUUUUACGGCAAAUCAACACAAAAUGGUCAUAUAUCGCCGAGAAGAAGUUAUAUUGAAAACGCCAAUUGUAAAGCAUACCUUAAAUCAUUUAUGUAAAAAUGUAAAGCAUAUCUAAAAUCAUUUAUGUAAAAAUGUAUAUACGUAUAUGUUAAAAUAUCAGCUGCAAACAUAAUAAUAUUGCAAAAGAUGUAAAUAAAAAUAUGAAAUGUU